UGAUGUCCUCUCCUGUUCCCGAAAAAGGACCUCCCGAAGCCCAAAGGAAACGCAAACGAACUAUAUUCAGCCGUGCGCAAUUAUUCGAAUUGGAGCGCGCAUUUGUGGCGACACCUUACCCAGAUAUCACUUUGCGCGAGAGACUGGCUGCUAUAACUCUACUUCCAGAGAGCAAAAUUCAGACCACACAUUCCUUCUCUCCACAGGUCUGGUUUCAAAACAGACGUGCUCGAAGCAUUAAGAGUGGAAGGCUGAGUAAGUCUGUUAGAAAUGGUCCAGGCAGAGACUCCAGACUUUCCUUCCCACCAUCAAGUGAGCAUCCCCAUCUCAACUCCACUGUUACACCUUCUGAAACACCAGGAAUGUGGAGCAGGCAAGGUCAGCACUGUGCCUCACUCAGAGACCAGGAGGUCAGACCAGGCUGGUCGAAACAGAACAUGGGUCCCUGGUCCCAGAUUCCUGCCCAGCCUACCCCACCUCUACCACCCAUCUCCCCUGAUCUGCCUGAAGCCUUGCCUUGGAUACCAAGUCAACCACUGCAGCCAGGGACCCUGUCUGAGAAACAGGAUCACUUAUUUCUGAAAAAUUGGAGCGAUUUCAACCAGGCCUUUACCUCAUCACGAACAUUUCGAUCACCUGCAACAAAGUGUGCUUACCUGGACAGGCAUGUUACCAUGUCUGUGGACCAGGUGGUCCCUAUGCAGACACAGCAAGUUUACUGGGAGAGCCAAGGCAAAAUGCAGCACCAGACCCCAGCACACCCACAGACAUCCCUGGGGGAUAUCUCUGAUAUAAUCUACAGUGCUGCAGUGGUGACAAACCUGGUGGAUUUCUAAGUGGUUGUUAAGGACUUAUGAGAACUCAACAUGAUAAUGUUCCGUGAGACUGAACAGACUGUAAACUCUGUGAUUUCAUGGUGCAUUUUGUAUAUGUGUAUUGUGUAUGUGCCUCUGUCUCUCACAAAAUGUACUUUUUAGACUUUUUCCACACUCCUUUGUUAUUGUAAUUGCACUGUGUCCUCUCUAUUUACUUUCCCACCUUUUUAUGAGGAUGGGAAGGGGUAUUUAUUCAGAUUAAUUGUAAGUGAAUACAUUAUUGGACAUUAACUACAUCUAGUUAUCAUGUUCAGGUGAUAAAUAAAUCUCAAAUCGUGUAAUUCAUGGCUCAUUUUCUUACAAUCUACAUUAUAUACUGUACAUAUGCUGUUUACAUACUUUGUAUACUCUAUUGACAAUGACCAUUGUUUGGAUUUAAUUGAGAGCUUCUGAGAACCUCAGGUUUCAUGUCAUAUAUUGGUUAAGAUCCUUUUAAAAACAUAACAAAGUAGAAUCAGUAAAAGCGGGGGGCGGAGGGGAAUGGUGCACAUAAUUGUUUUCUAAAUAUCUAAA